AAAGCGAAAAAAUCAAAUUCGCUUAAACUUUUUUCCCAGACUGUAGAUAUUAUUAUAAAGAAUAAGAUAAUUGUGUCAGUAAAUCGAGUGAAUAUUGAUUUGUUUUUGUAUAUUAUCUGUCAAUUAUAUCUAGCUUAAAGUAAACAAACACUGCUGUUUUCUUUUUUUUUAUUUAAUUCAGUUAUGUAAAUGGUAAGUGUUCUUCUUUUCCCCAGAACUAUUUGAACGUUGAACUAAAACAACUCGAGACUGAUAUAUCCACACAUGAUUUUAAUGAUUUAUGUUCUAUUAUACGUACUAGGAUCGAAAUGUAAUUUCUUGUAAAAGAUUUUUCUCUCAGUCAAAUCGAUGCAUUUUCUUGAUAAUUAGAAAUAUUCUUGGAAAGUAAAUGACGGAUAUUAUUAUAACACAAGCAUUCAAGCGAACUAUUAAAAUAAAAAUAAAAUCUAUUCGAUAAAAUAAAACAAUUUCCUUCCUAAAUUAAAUGAAAAAAUACAAUAUAUUCAGAAAUAAUUGAAUUCAAUGAUGAUCAUCACAAAUCGUGCAUGACUUGGCAUCCAUUAGAAAAGGAUAUUUUUCUCCAUGAAAUAUUUUUUUAAUUAAAUUUUUCAGAGUGUAGGUGAGAGAUGAUUAUAACACCCAGACCAAUACUCAUACCAAUAUUUUCUAACAUCUAUAUUCUGUUUCGAUUUUUAGAUAAUAGGCUUGUAUUAAGAAUGAAAAUCAGAAAUUUUAUUGCAUGGUUUCAUGAUUAUGUGUACACGUACAAUCUGUUUAUACCAGACGAAGAUCAUUAUGAGGAUGACACUGAUCAGCCAAUAGAUCCAACAAUACGUGUCAAGCAACAGAAAUAUUUUACAUGGCUCUACGUUUUCCUUCUCAUUAGUGAGUCAAUAAAAAUAAUUUGUUUCUUAAUAGAAAUAAAAUGGAAGCUCAUAAUAUUAUCUAAAUAAUAGUGUAAUGUGUUCCAUUUUAUUAUCUUUUGUUUCUAGUUUCACUUUACGUGUUGUUCUUCAUCGCAUUGUUAAGUCCAACAAAUCGUAUCGUUACCAUUUCAAAUCUUACUCCAUCACUCUUUGAUCAACUUCAUCAUGAACAUGGUGAAACACUCUCAUGUCCAUGUUCAACUAUUACCAUACCUUAUAGCACUUUCGUUACAAAUAUGGUCUCAUUUCAUCCUGUAUGUUCGAGCGUUUUCGCUAGUAGAGAAUGGAUUGAAGGAUUUUAUCUACCAGCAGCCAAUGCAUAUUUAUUGGCGGAUUUUCGAACAACGGCAUUUGCUCAGUUCGAAUUGUUAGCUGCUCUUUGUUCAAUCUCGAACGAUAUAGUUUCAAAAGCACUACUAGAUAUUCAAAAUAAUCAACUUGUUACAGUGGAACUUCUUGAAGAAGAAGAUAUUGAAUCGCAAGUAGAAGCGAUGGUUGAACUUGUUGAAACAUCCGCAUAUGGUCAAAUUACUUCAUUUUUAUUACAACUUGUCAAGAUAAUGUAUCGUUCCAAUACUCUCGUGUCUGCUUUUGGGACGAAUGCAGUUGUUCAAAUAGGCUCUGGUAGAGUAUUGAUCGCUUCUACGUCUAACGCGGACCCAAUCAAUAUUGAUUAUAAUUUGCCUCCGUACAAUUUAACUUGCACUGAAACCAUCAUUAAGGCUCCAGCUGUUUUCUAUGCUCAACCAUUAGAUACGAGCGUAGUUGAUCAUACAUAUUAUCCUGUUUCCUAUGAUGUCAAUAAUGUUCAUUCGAUUAUUUCUGCAAGUGUUGACGGAUUCUUCGGAGGAUGUUUUCCUCUGGAUUCUGUUCUUGAAAGUACACUUGAUUGUUUGUACAACUUGCAAUGUCUAGAACUUUUAUUUGAUUAUUUUCCAGCUCUUAAUCAAUCAAAAUUCAAAUUGAUCGAUCUUCCUCUAUCUUCUGGUCGACGAAAUAUUUCUGUAAACGAUCUUGUCUCUGAUCUAUUUAUUGAACAAAAAGAAUGGUCAACCAAAAUCAACUAUACAAACUAUUUUAGUCAAUGUGCACCUUUAGUGUGUACAUAUUCUACCAUAGAUUCGAUCAAUUUAUCAUCUAUCCUGUCUCUUUUAAUCAGUCUCUAUGGUGGUCUGACUGCUAUUCUUCGGUUAAUUGCACCUUUAUUGAUCACGAUUAUAUGGAAAAUUCGACAUCGUCCAAUAAAAAUCAUUAUUAACUAUGGUUCUAUUCUUUGUCUUCUUCUAUUUACUUCACUCAAGAGUCAAACAAUUACAAUCAUUGAAAAAAAUCCAUCGUUAACUAAAUACAAUCAGUUACAAAUCUUAUAUCCAGAUACACUUACAUGUCCUUGUGCAAAUACUACAAUGCCCUAUGAGACAUUUGUUUCAUUGUCUCCCAUUUUUCAUCAAGUAUGCUCAAGUGAUUUAAUUAGCGAAUCAUGGAUUUCAAUACUAUCGAAUAGCCCUGAGCAGGAUGCGGUGACUGGUGCAUGGAUUAGUAAAGCUGCUCAAUACUUUGGAUUACUAUCUAGUAUUUGUCAACUAGCUAAUUCGACAGCUUCUAACAAUACUCAUGCUUUUCUCGCACGCACUUUUGUUACUUCGUAUGUGCUUAUUGAAACAGACUUCAAUAUUCAAGUAAAUACAACUAUCAAGCAACUGACCGAAUCAAUUGUGAUCGGUUUUAAUCUUUUCAAUAUUAUGACACGUCUUUUCAUUCAGGCUGAUCAGCCAAUAAUAGUAUCAUUGGAAGUGAAUUUUCCAGUAAUAUUAAAUUAUAAAAACACUACAGCCGGUACUAAUAAUCCAGAAGCACUACAUUUUACAUUUGUUUUUAAUACUGUUGGAAAGGACCUUUCGGGAGACAUAAUAUGUCAAUGUGCUGUUGAUCCGAAUUGUCAAGGACCAAUCGAUUUCGCAGUUAAGAAUACACCUACUAUUUCACGAUUACCUGGUGUUCGUCCGGCAUAUGUCGCUGUUGAUUUUGUGGGACCUGGAUUGGUUGAUGCAUGUUAUACUAUUGAUUUCCUUCUUCUAUCAACACUUCAAUGUUUUUAUACCGAUUCCAACUGUAUCAAUCAACUUUUGUAUUAUAUAAACAAAACAUCGUCUGCAAAUGAUUCAAAUUUGUAUGCACAUCCAUUAAUAUAUAACCAAACAUCAACUCGUUUUCCUCCAAAUACUUCAGUUUCAUCGAUAGUUGAAGAAAUGAUGAUUGAACAAUGGAAUACAUCACUGUCAUUUUCUAAUUAUUAUAAAGCAUGUGCACCAACUUAUUGUACUUACACUCAAAUAAAACAUGCAGAAACUUUUAGCGAACUAUUAGUGACAUUAAUUUCUACGGUUGGUGGUCUUGUUAUGGUAUUACGACUAAUUACAUUCCAACUCGUUAAGAUAAUUUUUGGUUUAUUUCAAAAAAAACCGAAGAGACAACAACAAGUUCGUCGAAAAUUACUUGAUCGAUUCAAGGCGUUAUUAUCUAAACUAAUAGCAUUUUUAUCUGUAAAAAUGUUGAAUCUAAAUAUAUUUCCUGCACGAACAUUCGGAAGUAAGAUCGACCGAAUAACGGUAAAAUAUCUUGGUCAAUGGUCAACUCGUCUUUAUCUUAUUCUUCUAAGCAUCAUUUUUGUCAUUUUAACUCUUUAUACAGCUAUUCAGCCAGAAACAUUGACCAAAUCCUUUUCAACACCAUCAUUAAAUUUCUAUAAGAAUUUAAUGAAUGGUCAUAGUGAUGAACUUGAAUGUCCAUGUUCAUUGAUUUCAUCUCCAUAUAAUGAAUAUCUUCAAAUUCAACCGAUAUUUCAUCAGAUUUGUUCAAGUGAUUUGAUGUCAAAUGAAUGGAGAUUAAAUAUUACAGCAAGUUUAAUUUCUAAUUUAUCUGCUUAUAAUCAAAGAGAUUAUCGUCUAUUUCUCUCUACUCAUUUACAAUUUUUAAAUGGAUUAUGUCAACUCUCUAUGCAAACAGUAAAUCAAUCUAUUCAACAAUCUUUAUCUUCAUUAAUGAUUACUAAACAAUUAUUAUCAGAGGGGAAUUUUAAUUUACAUAUUAAUUCAAUGAUUAAUGAAGCAAAAUCCAAUGCUCCUUCAACAUUCAUUCGCCUACUUUCGUUACUUCGAGCUACAAAUCAUGGAAAUGCAAUUGUCUCAUCGUAUGGAACUAAUUAUCAAUACAAAGCUACUGUUUACAAUACAUUUCAAACCACUUUAUAUACUCAAGCGAUGAUCUAUGAUGAUAAUUGUUCAUGUCAGUUAAAUUCUACUUGUAUUAUUAAUGCUUCGUUUAUCGAAAUAAAUUCAACACAACCUAUAACAAUUAAAGGUUUGAAAAUGGGUUGUACACCGAGUGAAUCAUUGUUAGCAUCAACUCUCGAAUGUUUCUAUGAUCAAUCAUGUAUUAAUCUUAUUCAAACAAUGGCAGGAUACAAUAAAAAUAUCACUCCGAUUCCUCUCAACAUAACUAAUAGUCGAUUUCUAAUGAAUAUGACUGUGAUGAAUCUUAUCAACGACCUAUUUGUUGAAAAAUGGUCAGCAAUAAUGAAUUAUUCAUCAUAUUUUUAUAAAUGUUCACCAAUGAUCUGUUCAUAUACAUAUAUUCAACAACUGGAUUCUUUUUAUACACUGACUUAUUUACUUGGUUUAUAUGGUGGUUUAACAAUCGUUCUCAAAUGGAUCUCUCCGAAAAUUGUUUAUUUUAUUAACAAAAUUUACCAACGCCGAAAGAAAACAACCAAUUCAAUCAAACCAAUAUCUACUAUUGAGGGCAACGUCGAAAUAAUGGACGCAAAUAAUAUCAACAAUACCACUGCGCCUUCACAAUCGAAAAAAUUAUUUUCGGUAUCAUCAAACUAUUGGAUCUUUGGUUUAAUAGUAUUUAUAUUUGUGACAAUGAUCAUUCUUAUUCCAUUUAUUUAUGUUUUUCAAGAAAAAAAGAACCGUUCUGCAUCAACAGAACCAAUCAGCAUCACUAGGAAAAAAGUAGCAACUACAGUAUCAUCAAAACCAACGCUUGGAAAAUUACCUAAACCUAAUUACCAAAAUAUGCAAUAUAAAAAACUUCUUAUUGGCAAAAACGAAGAAGAUGUAGAGAUGGCUGCAAAUCGAGCAACUGCAUAUGAUAGAUCACCAGAACGCAAAUCUGGAUUACAGAAUAAAAACAAUAUUAGACGAUCUACUCGUCAAGAAGCAGGAUCUAAAAAGACCGAACCAAUAAUUGAUACAACUACAACUACAAUUGAUGUAUCGACAGCAAAAACAACAAUUCUUAUAGCGUCAACAACAACAGCAGCAAUGCUUACAAUGUGCACAACAGAAACAUCAAUUCAUACAACCUCAACAGCAAAAACGACAAUGCUUACAACGUCGACUAAUUCUCACACAACAACAAUAAGUAAACCAAAAUUCAAGAAAUGGAAACAAAAUGGCAUCACUGUAGCUGGUGGAAAUGGAGAAGGACAAGAAUUAAAUCAACUCAAUCGCUCUCAUGGAAUCUUCAUUGAUAAGAAGAAAAAUAUUUUCAUUGCUGAUAGUCAUAAUCAUCGUAUUGUUGAAUGGAAAUGUAAUGCAAAUGAAGGACAAAUCAUUGCCGGCGGAAAUGGCAACGGAAGCCGAAUGGAUCAAUUGAGUUUUCCAAUAGAUGUGAUUGUUGAUCAACAAAAUCAUUCGAUCAUCAUUGCUGAUUAUGGGAACAGACGAGUGACUCGAUGGUUUAAUCAAAAUCAACAAAUUCUCAUUAAGAAUAUUACUUGUUAUGGCUUGGCAAUGGAUAUACAUGGAUUUCUUUAUGUUUCUGAUUAUCACAAGAAUGAAGUGAGACGAUGGAAAAUGGGAGAAUACAACAAUGAAGGAAUUGUAGUGGCUGGUGGAAAUGAACAAGGAAGUCAACUUAAUCAACUCAAUACUCCUACUUUUAUCUUUGUUGAUGAAGAUCAAUCUAUCUAUGUACCAGAUGUGAACAAUAAUCGUGUGGUGAAAUGGAGAAAAGAUGCAAAAGAAGGAACAGUUGUAGCUGGAAGAUCUAGUCAAGGAAAAAGUCUCAGUCAGUUGUGUUUACCUAAAGGAGUAAUUGUUGAUGAUUUGGAUCAAAUCUAUGUAGCAGAUUUGUGUAACGAUCGAAUAAUGCGUUGGUGUGAAGGAAAAGAAGAAGGUGAAAUUGUCGUUGGUGGAAAUGGUCAAGGAAAUAAAUCAAAUCAAUUGCAUUAUCCCUAUGGUUUAUCUUUUGAUGAUGAAGGAAAUCUUUAUGUUGCUGAUUUUCUGAAUCAUCGAAUUCAAAAAUUUGAAAUAAUUUUGUGA